CCUGAAAAGUCGACGCCAUGGAAUCGGGUGACAAACCGAAGAAAGCGCACAAGAAGAGGGCAGCAGGGCAGAAAGCCAAGAAGAAAAAAGGCAAACAAAGUGGAAAGGCGGAGAAGCACAAUCCAAAAGCACACACCUUUUCUGGUGGCACGCGAAGUGUGCAAAAACGUGUGCAAUACACACUGGAAAGGCAAGCCAAAAGAGACAAAGCUCCAAAAGUUGACAAGAACCCUGAGGUGCCGCCACCAUUCAUCGUGGUAAUUCAAGGUCCUCCAGGUGUUGGGAAAACGACCUUGAUCCAGUCGCUGGUGAAGCACUAUGCAAAGCAGCGAUUGAUACAGAUGGGUGGGCCAGUGACAUUGGUGAGUGGGCGGCAUCGAAGGUUAACCAUCAUCGAGUGCCCACAGGAGAUGUCCGCCAUGUUGGAUUUGGCCAAGAUUGCUGAUUUGGUGUUGCUUCUCAUAGACGCAUCCUACGGUUUUGAGCUUGAAACCUUCGAGUUCAUCAACAUUUUGCAAGUGCAUGGGUUUCCUCGUGUCAUCGGCGUUCUUACACAUUUGGAUUCGUUCAAAGAGAACAAGCAGCUCAGGAAGGUCAAAAAGACGAUGAAACAUCGCUUUUGGGCUGAACUGUACGAUGGCGCGAAGCUCUUCUACUUGAGUGGAUUGCAGUACGGGCGUUAUCACAGGCUGGAGAUCCAGAAUCUGGCUCGCUUUAUUGCUGUGCAGAAGGCCCCCAUUUUGUCGUGGCGCCAGAGUCAUCCCUACAUCCUGGCGCUGCGCUGGGAAGACCAGACGGACCCCACCUUGGCGGAGACGGCGCCCAGGAGAGUUGAUUUGUACGGCUAUGUCUAUGGAGGAAGAUUGCGAGAAGGACUCGAAGUGCACCUUCCUGGUGUAGGAGACUUCAACGUAGCGGGCAUCAAGAAACUAUCUGAUCCGUGUCCCCCUCCCAUGGAGACGGAAGCUGAGCGGAGAAAGGCAGCUGCGCGAAAGCCGGAUGAGAAGCCGAAGACGAAGAAUGCACUUCGCACCUUGGCAGAGCGUCAUCGUGUGGUUUAUGCUCCCGGCUCGGACAUCGGCAGCAUCACGGUGGAUUCGGAGGCGAUGUAUAUCUAUGUUCCGGACCAGCAGGUGGGCUUCACGCCAAAAGAAUCGGAGUCGCAAAAGGAGCUGCCAGAAGCUGUGCGGUUGGUUCGAGAGCUUCAAGACUCGGAUGCCGCCCUGGACAAGGCGUCUGGACAGUCGAACCUUCGCCUUCUGGGAAACACCAAAGUGCGGAUGGACCCACAGCAACCUCCAGGAAGCCACAUCCGAAGACCAGCACCAGAGACAGUGGGCGAGGAAACGGACGAGGGCGAUGUGGAUGCUGACGCCGAAGGGGAGGAGGAAGCCGACGAUGAAGAUGACCCUGAGGAGCGCGAUGAGGAAAUGCUGCAGCGAGCGGAGCAGCGCUUUUCCCGUGCUCCGCGACUGGAAGAGAUAGUCUAUGGAAGUAGCAGAGUCAACGAGCAGUUUGGAGGUGCAUCAGGCAGUCGAAGCACACCCGAGAAGAGCAACGGGGCAACAGACCACCAGACGGUGCCAUUGUUCGAUGACGAGGAGGAGGAUGAGGAUGAUGUGGGCGCAAGGACGGCGAAAGGAGAAAAGACUGGCUUGUUGGGCAACCUUGGCGAUCUGGAUGGCUUGGACUCUGUGCGAAUGCCACAGCUUCCAGGGGAGGAAACGCCAUGGGACGAGGAAAGAAAAGAAUCUCUGAAGGCAAGAAAAUUCAUCACCGGUGGAUGGAGUUCAGCUGAAGAGGAUGAAGGGAGUGGCGAGGAAGAGACUGGUGAGAAAGCCGAGGGGGCCGAAACAAAAGAGGACGCUGAUCCAGCUGAAGAGCAGAAGGAUCCCACCGCUCCUCCCGAUGUAUUUUUGGAUGGCUUCCCUAUUGGCAGCUUUGUGAGAGUGCGGCUGGAGGACGUCCCUGCUGCUUGUGUGGCAGAAAUGCGCCGAGCAAAGCCCAUGAUUCUGGGUGGACUGCUCCCGGGUGAAUCCCGGAUGGGUUUAGUUCAGACCAGGAUCAAGCGACAUCGCUGGCAUCCCAAGCUGCUGAAAACAUAUGACGCCCUCUUACUGUCCGUUGGCUGGAGGCGCUUCCAGACACUACCCGUGUUUUCCAUUGAGGACAGAGGCGAAAAACGUAUGCGCUACUUGAAAUACACCUUGGAACAUGCCCAUUGUACCAUGACCUGUUAUGGACCAAUGGUGCCUCCAAACACUGGUGUUCUGGCCUUCAGGAGCUGGGAGAAGGUUGGGCACUUCCGAGUUUGCGGGACAGGAGUGGUCCUUGAAGCAGCACCAAACUUUGAUGUGAAGAAGAAACUAAAGUUGGUUGGAGAGCCCUUCAAGAUCUUCAGAAAUACAGCGUUCAUCAAGAACAUGUUCAGUUCAGACCUUGAGGUGAACAAAUAUAUGCAUGCGAAGAUCCAGACCGUCAGUGGCAUCCGAGGAGAAAUCAAGAAGGCAGAGGGUGUCAAAGGAAACUUCCGAGCGUCCUUUGAGGAUCGAAUCCUUAUGUCAGACUUGGUCGUCUGCAAGUGCUGGGUGACUGUUCCCUUCAAGCAGUUUUACCACCCUGUCAUCGAUGUGCCCAACUGGCGUCCCGCGCGCCUCAUUGGGGAACUUCGCGCCGAAAAAGGCGUUCUUGUUCCCGAUCAAAAAGAUAGCCACUACGGGAAGCAGCUGGUUCGUGCUGAGCGAAGGUUCAAUUCCUUGAAGAUUCCCAAGAAACUGCAGGCGACCUUGCCCUUCAGAUCAAAGGAGAAAUUCCAGCCGAAGAAGAAAAAAACGGCCCUCAGCAGAAAAGCAGCCAUUGUGUCUAGCGAGCGUGAAAAGGAGGUGAACUCUCUUCUCUCAAGGCUCUACACGAUCCGCAAAGAAAAAGCUCGCGUGAGAAAAGAAUCAAGUGAGCGAAAGAAGAAGGUGAAGGAAGUUCAGGAUCGCUUCAUCCAAGAGAAGCGGGAUGCUCACAGAAAGGAGGCGAAGAAGAACCGCUACAUCAAAGAGGGCCAGAAAGAUGCCAAGAAGCGGAAAGCGAUGAUGAUGGACUGAGGCCUGAGGUGUCACAUCACUCUGCACCUAUAGCGCGCUAUAAAUCCUUGCUUUGCGUCGCAUGCGAACACUUGGAGGCUGAGGAGCUAUCCUGACUGGUGUGGCCAGUUUUGCUUGUCUAAUUGCUUACAAUGGCAAUCUAAAGAUAUGCCAGAUAAUGAACUCCGCGGCGAGCGAGGAAA